GCGGGAACUCCAGGGCCAAAUUGCCGCCAUCACCGGGAUCGCCCCCGGCUGUCAGCGAAUCCUCGUAGGAUACCCGCCCGAGUGCCUGGACCUCAGCAACGGGGAUACCAUUCUGGAGGAUUUGCCCAUUCAGUCAGGCCCGGCCUGGGACAUUCUUCGCUUCCCUUCGCUUCCCCUCUGAGAGCCCCUUUCACCACCCCUGCACCUUGCUUCAGGCGAUGCCCGAGAGAGAGCUGUGGCCAGCAGGGCCUGGCUUGGAACCCGUGACCCACAUUGGCAGCUGCGAUAGCAUGAUGAGCACCACCUCCACCCUCUCUGGAUCUAGUGACAGCAGCUACGACUUCCUGUCCGCUGAAGAGAAGGAGUGUCUGCUCUUCUUAGAGAAAACCAUUGGCUCAUUGGACGCCGAGGCUGACAGUGGACUGUCCACUGACAAGUCUGGUCAAGCCACAACUCCCCGAGGUCCCCGAACACUGCCCACGACCCAGCCUGCCGCCCAGGGACAUCCGAAAGAGACCGUUCAGCAAGGAACAGAGCCGAAAAGAGUGACUCCAUUCAGCUUGUCUCAUCUGCCCGAGCCUCAAAGCCUGGGCCUCAGGUCUGGCUCCUGCAGCCUCCCCAGAAAUAUCCACAUCGGCAGAGACCAGAUCCUCAGAAAAAGCACCACACAGACUAACAGCCACACCCCAGCGGUAUCUGACGGGCUUGUCCCAGGGCCUGAGAAAGAGCAGGUGGGCCAGAGCAGUGAGCCCCCCCAGGCACCGACGGGCCCCCGGGACGCUGCCCUUGAUCUGGACAGGGCUUUCAUCCCCCCACCAGAGGCCUUCCGGGACACCCAGCCAGAGCAGCGUGGGCAACACGGCCUGCCCAGACAGCCAGGGGAGCUGAGUCCCAGGCCCCAGGUCCACACAUCACUCAGCCUCCAGCAGAAAAGGAAGACCACUUCAGAGGCCAUGUCCCAGAAAGCCAAUGAGGAAGGCUCAACCAGGGAACCUGGACAGCCUCGGCCUCCUCCAGCUGUGUCCUCUCAGAAUGCAAAAGCUGAAGAUGUUCCUGUCCCAUCAGAGGGGGCUCCACAUGCCCGGCUGGCUCCCCUCACAGCCCCUAAGCCACGGAAGCUGCCACCAAAUAUUGUGCUGAAGAGUAGCCGGGGUGGUUUCCACAGUGAUCCCCAGAACCGGCUGUCUUGCCACUCGGAGGCCGGCCCUGGAGACUCGGGCCCCACCUCGUCAUCACUGCAGGAGCAGAGGAGAGCACGCAGGGAAGCGCUGGAGAAGCUGGGGCUGCCCCAGGACCAAGAUGAGGCCAGCACCCACUUAAGUAGGCCCUCCACCAGGCUCAGGGAGACGCGCACUCAGGCCCCCUCCCCGGCUCCGCCUGUGGUUCCAGCUCAGGUCUCAGCAGCGACAGGAAAGGCUCCAGCACCUGCACCAAUGCGGGGACCUUCUCCAGUGAAAGCUCCGGGUCCGGCUCCAGCUCAGCCAUCUUCUCCAGGCAAUGUUUUGGUUCCUGCCCAGGAACCCACUCCAGGGAAAGUUCUAGCUGACAAAUCCAUGCCAAUUCCUAUCCCUAGGGCCCCACGGGCAAAUAGUCCCCUCACUCAGCCGAAGCCAGACUCUGGGCUGACUCUCCAGGAGAGCAGCGUCCCUGGCCUGAGACAGAUGAACUUCAAGUCCAACACGCUGGAGCGUUCAGGCGUGGGGCUGAGCAGCUACCUCUCAGCAGAGAAAGAUUGCAGCCCCAAAACCAGCACCUCUCUGGGAAAAGCCUUCUUGGACAAGAUCUCACCCAACGUCUUGCGUAACUCCCGGCCGCGCCCGGCCUCCUUGGGCACCAGGAAGGACUUCGAGGGUAUCCAGGUGGGCAAGUUGGCCGACCCGGAGCAUGAGCUGGGUUCCAAGCGCCUGUCUUACCAAGGACAAAGCCGUGACAUGCUGCCUCGAUCCCACUGUGUCAGUGUCAAGAUCUCCCCAAAAGGCGUGUCUGAUGAAAAAAGAAGGGAGGCUCUCAAGAAGCUGGGCCUGUUGAAGAAGUAGGCACUGGCCACCAGCACCCCCACACAACCCCUCCCGCACCCCGUUAUUCGAGAAGAGACCCAGGGCUCCACUUAGUCUAUCCCACCUCACAAGUCAGGGGCUGGGCAGGGGUCGGCUUCUCUGCAGGUCCUCUUCUCUCCGAGGGAGAGAUUGGAGCACACAUUUCUAUUCAGAGUGGCUGUACCAAUGAGCGCCUGCGUGAACCACCCUGCAGGUGAUUUCCACAGGAGGGUGUGUGUGUGUGGUAUAGGCUGUGUCUAUCACCGAAGCUAUUUAUAUGACAGAGUCAUUGCUCAGAAUUCCUCACUUGUUGGAAACUUUCUUACAUCGGGUAGAGCUCAGGCAAGCCAGAACUGAGUGCAGAGGGGUGGCUAAGCCUGAGAAAAAAAAGUCAAAUGGGACAAUGGAUGUACCCGUGACACUAGGCAAAUGCAGGAUCACAUGAAAUGUGGGUCUCCCAGAACCCCUGCAGUGGGUGGAGACUGGCACAGACCUUGCUGGAUUCCCCUCUCGCUUCUGGCCUCCCGGAUAGGGGCCUGCGGCCAAGAGGAGUUGGUUUGUUAUCUCAUCGUCUGCUGCCGUCUCUCUGUCCCUAGUCCCAAGGACCAGACACAUCCCUGUCACUAAAAACUCUUGGUUGACUGAUACCAGGAGAGCUCUUGCUGGCCUGAGAAGUCAGGAUGAGUGCCCACACUGCACACCUCCACUGGAGAGGGCCUUGUCUGUGGGCUUGUUAAAUUCAGUAAUAAACUACGGUGGUCCCUGACUCUGGUGUGCCUAUCCUUCCUGCUCCGGAUCUCAGUCUGCACAGUGACCCCAGGGUUGGGCCAACAGUGAAAUGGGAGCCCAAGCCCAGAGGCUUUGUAAAUACCGAGGGACUCUUACAGGCCUUUGUCUACACGAUUACAAGUUGUUUUUUGAUUUCCUCAAUUCCUAUGGGAAAUCGGCACAGUGCAUGCUCUGCUAAUUAUUCAUAGAAUAUCAGAGCUGGGAGGGGCCUUAGAGACA